AUGAAAUUAACCCUGCCAAUGACGGCAGGGCUGUUGCUGCUAUUGUCACUAUGCGCGUUCGUGCAGCAAGUGCAACUACUAUCUAUUGACCCCGUUGCUUCGACGGAGCUGGAGGAAUACAUAAAGGAUGAUUUCUUAAUAUCACUUAGACACAUUAGACCACGUAGGAAGUUUAGAAUCACGAUCGAGGCACUAUUUAUGAUCGAUUUUCCGGAAUCAAAGAACAAGUUUUCUUUCUAUCUCGAUCGCAAAAAUAAGCGUGUGACCAUCGAUAUUACCACCCACUCGAAGGUGUACUCGAAGAAUCUAAUACUGAAUGAUCUGAACGAAUCAACAACGAUUAAAUCGUUGGCAUUCGCGUUCCACCAGAGUGCGAUCACCGUUUACAUGAACUGUAAACAGUCCUCCACCGAGGAGCUCGACGUCAAUCUGUCCAAGCUUUUUGCCAGCAGCGAUGAACCAACCGUCAAACUGUUCCGGGAGCGAAAGUAUCCACUAUUUCUGGAUUCCGAGCUGGAAAAGGCCUUGAGCCGAGCCAGCUGUCAGAAGAUAUUGCGCCGCAAUGGCAAUCACAUACACGCCCCGCGUCAAAAGCAUACGGUGGAGAAAAUGCUGAAGAAUAAAGCCCAGGGUGAAAAUGUUCCCGAACGCAACAAGAAGCGGGACAUCCGCAACUGGCAUCAUACGUCGGAAAAAUACAAGGAAGCGUUCCAUUCCGAUUUCUCAGCAAAUCGUGGAGACAUUCCAAUCAUUCAUGGCGAUUGUGAUGAGAACAUACUGAAACUAUUGGGUGAACUGUUGAAGUUAGUCAAGGAGCUAAAGGAAGAGGUGAAAGGUCAGCGACAUGAGAUUAACUACCUGCGUGGUUUGAUCGAAAACUGUGCCGGCUGUCAACAGGCACAGCCAUUACGCGAGAACUGUCAGUACAGCAAUCCAUGUUUCCCAGGCGUGCAGUGCUAUGACUCAUCGACCGGCAUGCGUUGUGGUCACUGUCCACGUGGGUAUGUCGGUGAUGGCCGAAACUGUCGCCCAGGUCAAACUUGUGCGGACCAACCAUGCUUUAAUGGUGUCCAGUGUUAUGACACGGUCGAGGGUGCCCAGUGUGGUCCCUGUCCGGUGGGUUACGAGGGCGACGGUAAGCACUGCCGGUUUAGGGACGCCUGUGAAGAUAAGCCGUGCGCGCCAGGUGUACAUUGCAGUAGAAUAGAUCAGCACCCGUUCUUCCGCUGCGGUGCCUGUCCGGCCGGUUUCACUGGCAAUGGUACUGCCUGUCAUGAUUUCGAUGAGUGUGAUCUUGUGGAACCGUGUGAUGUGCGGGUACGCUGCACCAACACCGUUCCCGGUUUCCGAUGCGAUCCAUGCCCCGGUGGAUAUAUAGGUGUACACUACGAAGGGCUUACGGCCACCUCGUUUGAUGGGUCGAUGCAGCGGCAACGGUGCACGGAUCGGAACGAGUGUACCGACGGUUCGGCACGGUGUGGGAAGAAUAUGGUUUGCCAGAACACGGAAGGAUCGUACGAAUGCCAGUGUAAACCGGGAUUUAUCCAUAGCCCGUUGCACGAUUGUUUGCCAUCGGAUCGGAUGUGUCAGGAUGGAACGGUUUGCGACACAAAUGCCAUAUGCAAACAUGCCGGAAACAACAAGUACAGGUGUAAAUGUAAGGUAGGUUGGGCGGGCGAUGGGUACCUGUGUGGUUCCGACAAGGAUCUUGAUGGAUGGCCAGACAUGAACCUGCAGUGCAACGAUGAGAAAUGCCGCGCAGACAACUGCGUCAACAUUCCCAACUCUGGUCAAGAAGAUGCCGAUCGCGAUGGCAUUGGAGAUGCUUGCGAUCCGGAUGCAGACAACGAUGGAAUUCUAAACAAUCCGGAUAACUGUCCCUUGGUACACAAUCCGGACCAAAUGGAUAGUGAUGUGGAUGGGGGAGACAAACAGGGAGAUGCCUGCGACAACUGUCCGACGGUGUCCAAUGUCGAUCAGAACGAUGUCGAUAAGGAUGGUUUGGGUGAUGCUUGCGAUCCAGACAUCGAUAACGAUGGAAUUCGUAACGAAGAUGACAACUGUCCCAAGGUGGCCAACUUCAACCAGCUUGAUACUGAUGGUGAUCGAAUUGGAGACGUUUGCGAUAACUGUCCGCUGAUACCUAAUCUAAAUCAGCUCGAUUCAGAUAAUGAUCUUAUCGGUGAUGCUUGCGACAGUGAUGUCGAUCGCGACCGGGAUGGCAUUCAGGAUAGCCGGGACAACUGUCCGAAGCUGCCGAAUUCCGAUCAGCUCGAUUCUGACGGUGACGGAAGGGGAGAUCUGUGCGACACGGAUGCUGACAAUGAUGGCAUACUGAACCAUGAAGAUAACUGCCCGAUUGUGUUCAAUCCCGAUCAGAUAGACGCAAAUAAUGAUGGGAUCGGUGAUAUCUGUGAGGAAGAUUUCGAUUUGGAUCUCAUUCCUAACUAUCUCGAUAACUGUCCGAACAAUUCCAAAAUCUUCUCCACCGAUUUCCGUACCUACCAGACGGUGGUCCUAGAUCCGGAGGGUGACUCGCAGAUCGAUCCCAACUGGGUGAUCUAUAACAAGGGUGCCGAAAUAGUGCAGACACAAAACAGUGAUCCUGGCCUAGCAGUUGGUUACGACGCAUUCGGUGGCGUGGAUUUCGAAGGAACUUUCUUUGUCGACACGGAAAUCGAUGACGAUUACGUCGGUUUCAUAUUCAGCUAUCAGGAUAAUCACAAGUUUUAUGCAGUCAUGUGGAAAAAAAACAUACAGACGUACUGGCAGGCGACACCGUUCCGUGCGUCCGCCGAGCCGGGCAUUCAGCUGAAGCUGAUCAACAGCAACACUGGACCAGGCGAGAUGUUGCGCAACAGUCUGUGGCAUACAGGAGAUACGAAGGAUCAGGUGAAGCUACUCUGGAAGGAUCCACGCAACGUGGGUUGGACGGAGCGUACCGCUUACCGUUGGCUGUUACUGCACCGACCAAAGAUAGGGUUGAUCCGUUUGCGCAUAUUCGAUGGCGAUCAGAUGGUGGCCGAUUCGGGAAACAUCUUCGAUACCACGCUCAAGGGUGGCCGGCUGGGAGUGUUUUGCUUCUCGCAGGAAAUGAUUAUCUGGUCCGACUUAGUGUACCGAUGCAAUGACAACGUUCCGGAAGCAAUCUACCGUGAACUGCCUGCACGUUUGCAACGUGAAGUUCAGGUGGAUCAUCGCGCUUAA